UUUUGAUAUUAACCUUUCACCUUGCCACCUGGCGGCUAUUUCAGAAAAGCAGAGCUAGCUAUAGCUAGCUAGAGAUGGAACUGGAUCUGCCUGUGAAAGAAGAACUGGAUGUUGCUGCUGCUGCUGUUGAUGAACAGGACUCUUCCGAGAAUAAGUAUGACAGGUCUCAGCUACCCCACUUGCUGAAGAUAUACUACAAAUCACUGUUUCCAUAUGACAAGUACUGGGAGUGGCUUCACUAUGGUGACGAUCAAAUGUUCAGCCAUCGUGAGUUCUCCUUCACUCUGGAAGAUGAUGUGUACGUGCGGUACCAGUCGUUUGAGAGCAGAGAGUCUCUGGAGGAGGGUAUAAGAAAAGCAAACCCGUACAAGAUUGACAUUGGAGCAAUCUUCAAUAGCAAACCAUGUUUGCAUAGUCGUUUGCCAAAGGGCAGUUUUCGAGCUGUGAAGAAAGAGCUGGUGUUUGAUAUCGACAUGACGGACUAUGAUGACAUUCGCACCUGCUGUAGGGAGGCACAGAUUUGUCCCAAGUGUUGGAAGUUCAUCAUCAUUGCUAUCAAGAUUGUGGACAGAGCUCUCAGAGAGGACUUUGGUUUCAAGCACCUUCUGUGGGUGUAUAGCGGUCGCAGAGGUGUCCAUUGCUGGGUGUGUGACCGACAAGCGAUUGCUCUCUCUCAGGAAGCGAGGGUAGCGAUCGUCGAGUACCUCACUCUCAUUAAGGGAGGAGAGCAGCAGGGGAAGAAGGUCAAACUUCCCAGGGGAAGUAGUCCCAUGCAUCCCUCCAUAAGGUCCGCUCUAGACAUAAUCAAAUCGUGCUUUAAAGAUCUAUUGGUAGAGCAGGAUUUUUUUGAAACAGCCGAGCAGUGGAAAAAGGUGCUAGCACUGUUACCAAAGAAAGUGGCUGAUGACCUGGACAGGGAGUGGACUGAAACUCCAAUGUCGUCUUUAGAAAAGUGGGGGAGACUGAAAAGUGAAUUAAAGGAUAAUAUGUUUCUGAUUGACGAGAUCAUGCUUCAGUGGUCGUAUCCAAGACUAGAUGUGAAUGUCUCCAAGGGAAUCAACCAUUUGUUAAAGAGUCCAUUCUGUGUACACCCCAAAACAGGUCGUGUAUGUGUGCCCAUAGAGACAGGCAAAGAUAUGGAAAAGCUGACAAGUUUUGAUCCGUUUGCCGUGCCCACAGUAAAACAGAUUUGCGAUGAGUUUAUUAGUGUCAAGGAUGAAGGAAACAGCUCAGGAUACAACAAGUCAUCAUUGGGGCCAUACAUGCAAUUCUUUUGUAAACGAUUCCUACUAGAUCUAAAGAAAGAUGCAAUGCGACAGAAAAAACAAGAUCAACAAAAUUCUCUGGAAUUUUGACGUAUAAAAGACUUCCCCAAUCUCAAGCUCAAAUCUUCAUGUGCGCCAUUAGAAUAUGUACUCUGAAUAUGUACUCUUUCUCUUUACAGUAAUUUUUAUUAAUAUUAACGUUCGUUGCUAAAAAUCAUCUAAUUCAAA